AUGAAUUCCGAAAUCAAGGAAGAUUUCCUGGAUUGUAUAUUGCGCCUAGAGGAUACACACCUACAGCAAGGCUUCGAAGCGGGUCACGAAGCGGGUCUUGUGUCGGGUGGGGAAGACGCUCGUCAUGUGGGUCUAAAAAUUGGGUUCGAGACAGGCGAGCUCAUCGGAUUCUACAUGGGGUGCUCUCGUCUCUGGAACUCUCGUGCUCUCCGUCUCCACUGGUCUCCUCAGCUCAACAAGCAUCUCAGUGAUUUCCAAGUCCUGCUCGAUAAGUUGCCGCUCUUGGAUCCCGAGGACGAAACCAAAGACGAUAUCAAGGAUGAUCUUCGUCUCAAAUUCAGCAUCAUUUGCGCAUCUCUGGGCAUAUCCAAGAAGCAAUUGGUGUACAAUGGAUACCCAAACCCAUCCUCCAAUCUCGAAUUCUAG